AUGUCUGGAAAACCAGUUUGCAUAGCUGAUUUUGAAGAGUAUGCUAAAAAAUUCCUCCCCAAAUCAGUGUAUGAUUAUUACCGAUCCGGAGCAGAUGACCAGGAAACGCUAGCAGAUAAUGUAGCAGCAUUUUCAAGAUGGAAGCUGUACCCCCGAGUGCUCAGGGACGUGUCGGUAAUGGACCUGUCAACCUCAGUCUUAGGGCAGAAAAUCAGCAUGCCGGUCUGUGUUGGAGCGACCGCUAUGCAGCGCAUGGCUCAUGCUGACGGAGAAGCGGCUACUGCUAAAGCCCAGAAGCAGUAUUGCAAUACCUGCUUUCUCUCUGACUUGCUGAAAAUCAGGCUGAACAGCCUGACUGUGUUCUUGGCCAGAUCUUUUGAAAACUUGGAAUGA